AUGCCCUACUGCGACUUAGUGCUUGGUAGAAGAUUCCCACCUCCGCUUGAAAAUGGGUUCCUUCCUGGGGCUCCUAACUACAGUGAUCGUGUGCACUUAGCUUUUCGCCGCGCGAUCUCCUGUUCAGACAUUAGGCUUGCUGUUGAUGAACUUAGUUACGAGCUUUACGCUCCUAACCACUUUGCUCGCCAGUUUAGCCUCAUCCAGCUAGUGCCAUUUCCCCUCUAUGAUUCCUGGAACUACAACACUUCUUGGCGCAGAAUUGGUCCCACUUCUGGGCCUCCACUAGCACAAAGCAUGCUUGCACUGGUCGAUCUUCCUGACUGGGCCAAUGACAUCGCUCCCGUGGAUUGGAACGCUGAAGGAUACGAGCGAUGGUGGUCAGAAGGAAGUGUGCCACCUUCUGGCAUUCGUGCAGUUGAUGCUUCUCCGGCCACUAGUCAGGCCGCUAAGCAGAAAGCAAUAGUGACGGAGCCUGAAGUCGAAGACUCCUCCUCUGAUGAUGAUGACCCACAAACAGUUCGUCGUAGGUCCUCCAGACAAGUUGGGGAAGGAUCCUCCGCUGCUGGCAACGACGCGUCUGCUUCACACGCCCAAGCACCAACUGGUUCCAACAAUCCUCCACCUCCUAUCAGUGCUGCAAACAAUAUGCAGUUGGCCCUGGUACCAGUUCAGGUCAUAGAUGACAGCUCGCCUGAGGUCGAGGAAAGAAUGCCGCUCCCAGACACAUCUCGCGAGCAACCAACUGCAGUACUCACCAUGGAACAAGUAGCGCCUGAUUUGGUUCCAGUUUCUGGCGAGGUCAAUCAAGAACCAGUGCCAAUAGCAAUUCUCCGCGAGCCACCUGUUGAAGAGAAUCAGAACCCUGGCCCUAUCGAGCAAGUGGCUGCUGCUACCGUAGAGGUGCUUGGCGAAAGUCCUGCUGAACCAGAUGGCGCAGACGCGGAUAACCAAGAACCCGUCCCCGAUGCCCCCCAAGCACCUGAAGUAGGAAAUGGAGUGAACCCUGAGCCGGUGAUGGAAGCGGUUCCUGUUGCGGAGCCUCUCGAGGCUCCUGUUGCUGCUGCCCCAAAUCCGCUGCCUGCGCCUCCUUCCAGACUGGAAAGGCUAGCUCGCGUGCUUGAAGUGACUCCUCCUGGAGUUAUAGAUGAUGCUAGAGAAUGUCUCCGUCGUCUCUUGGGACCCGAUAUUCUGACUCCCGGCGCGCCCGCGAGAGCUUCGGAGUAUCUGAGGGUACUUCUCUGCGAAUGA